AACUUAUUCACCAUAUGUCACUAGUUCAAGAGUGUUCAAUCAAACUAUACCGAUAUAAUCCGAUCCAAACCGAGUUAAAAUAAUUAAUCUGAAAACCGAACUAUAAUUUAGAUUACGUGAUUUAAAAUUAAAAAAACCGACUAAAUCUAAACUAGAACCGAACUAAAAAAAAGAAUAAAACUAAUCUGAAACCUAAUUUUCUUAAGAUGAUAUAUUUGAUUGAAACUAGAAUAUGAACAAAAACUAAAUUCGUACCAAACUAUUCAUAAUAAAUUAGGUUUUAUUUGUAUAUUAUAUUAAUAAAACAAAAGAAUAAAUAAAACUUUAAAAUUUGAAGAAAAGCUUAACUUGGAAAUUUGGCUUAAACACCUUUUGUGACCUCCAUGUAAGUUAUUUUAAAAUAUAAUUGUAUUUUUUGUUUUGUAAAUUAUCAAAAAAGUGCUUGAAAUGACUUGAGACUCGAGUACUUAAUAUCUAUCUACUCAGAGAUAUUGCAUUCAGCAUAUAUUUCCAACAUAAAUAUUUUCUCGUAAUUUUAUCAUCCGAGAGUUUUGUGGUGGGGAGAUAAAUACGAGACGCAAAGCGAACUAGUGGAUAGGAACGAGAGACAAAACAAAAGGGCAUUAAAUAGAUGCGACAAAGGGUUUUUGAUAGGGUGGUAGCUAGAUAUGUUUUUAACCUUACUAGAAAAAUCUAUUAUAUUAAAGUACCAUCAAAUCAAAUAGUUAUUGAAUUGCUAUUUAUUACUAUCUCCUACCAUCUUUUAACAAUUAGAGUUAUAAACCAAAUUAUCAUAAUUCAGAUUUGCGAUUACAAUGUAAAUUUUACCUGAGUUUGAGUUAAGACAAAAAUCAAUUUCUGUUUGAUCAAAAGGACAGAAUUGCUCGACUAAGAAAUACUAUUUUUUAAUCUUGAACUCUGCUUUCUCUCGAGUGAUUUGGCUGUAUACCUAUGUACAUAUAUGAAUAUUUCCACUGUCUUGGCUAAGGUUGAUAAAAAGAGAGAAACAUGGAAGUGAGACAUGAAGCGUUGUCUACUGCUAAUGAGAAUGAGGUCAUCAUAGCUUCUGCCAUUUCAACACUCUCGUCUUGUCAAAUCAAAACCAUUAAUUAUCAUCAUCAUCAUGAUUCAUAAUCCCAUGCAUGGCAGACAUAAGAAGCAACUUUCUUGAUGACUGAUUUAGUUAAUCUUUGUUUUAACAUGUCGUUACCAUGUUUUAUGAUGAAAUCUACGGAACAUGCAGAGGUUAAUUAGCAUUAACAUUAACAUUAAUUUACGUGUCAAUUAUAAAAUAGAAGGAAAUGUUUAGGGACAACAAAUAAUGUAGGGUAAGAAUGGUAGCACUGUAAUAUACAUUAAAGAACCAUAAUUAGGUUUCUUAUAUAACCAACCGACGUCGACAGAAAGUAUUAUAUGUUCCGAUUUGCAUUCCUAUCAACCACACAACUACACAAGUUCAUGUCAACAUGUGUAAGUUCAUAUGUAUAUACAAUAUAUCCCAAACAAAUUUAG